AGCAUGGCUGCAUGGAUAAAUUAGUGCAAAGUUUUAAUGACCUCAUCAAUGUUGUCAAUGCAAUGAGGCCUGACAACACAACACGCGGUCAAGGCACACAAGCCGGUGAUCUGGUUGGUCCCGGCAUUCCACGUACUUCUCGAACGAACUGGGCCAUUAAACGCCUAGUCGUGGUCCACAUGAUACCACUCGGCUCAUCGCAUUGGCUCGCACAUUGAUUGACACGCCUUACAAGAUCUCGAAGCGUCUUUCUAUGCCGAUACUGGGGUGAUUGACCGAUCUCCAGCUACGCCAUUACAAGCCGUAAAUAACGGGACACCAGAAUCCUGAUUUGUAGUGGCGAUCUGUGGCCAAUGUGAUUACUGACUUUAUUCGGCCUGUUCGGGGUCAACCUACUAAGCCCACCAGCCCACCUAAGCUAAAUGGUUUGCUGUUUGGCCUCGUUAUGAGGUGUGUAAGUCCGAGAGGCGUCAUAGCUCGAGCCGUGAAUAAGACUGGCCAGUUCGAGAUGUCGAUAAAUACCUGAUUAGUCGCCCGAAGGGAAAUGUACAAAAUCCCAUCUCUUUGCUCUCUAACCUCUCCCGAUUAUUAGACCAUCCAUCUCUAAUAACUUACCACAUCCUCUUGCAUAUUCCUAAACAGACCUACAAUAAAGAAUUAUAUAACCAACAUGAUUCUAACUGAUCUCUUCUCCAUGGUCCUCCGCCUCGCGGAGCUGGGGUUCGGUGCCAUCGUCGCCGGAAUUAACGGCAAAUAUCUUCACGAUGUCCACAACACUAGCAGCUGGGAUCAAGGCCGUUUUAUCUACACGGAAGUGAUAGCUGCCCUCGCCAUCUUCCUUGCCCUCGUCUGGCUCUUCCCAUUCGCCGGUAGCUUCACUCACUGGCCCGUUGAUCUCGUUAUCUCUCUCUGUUGGUUCGCCGCCUUUGGUCUACUAGUUAACUUCCUUAACGGCACAUGCGGAUACGUCUUUGAUUGGGGCAAUGUCUCCUUCCGGAACGGCGACCAGUGCGGAAAGUGGAAGGCCGUCAUCGCCUUCUCGUUCCUGUCUGCUAUCUGCUGGCUCGUCUCAGCAAUCGUCGGCGUAUUCUGGGUUCGCGAGAAGGAAUCCCGCGCCUACCGUCGCCGCACUUGGUACAGAACUCGCGUCUAAGCCUCGAAAGGAAUCGAUACUUAGGUACUCUUGAUGAUAUUUCAACGCUGUACUACGACUCUACUUAACCUAAUUGUUAACGUAAUGUCACUUACCGGACUCUGAGAUUCUCUUGGGUCCUACGCAUGAUGAUUCUGAGCUUGGGGGUUGAGGUUCGGUUGGCUUGUUUUGGUGUUUUCAACUGUUACUUGGCGUCGGAAUUGAGCAUGUAUUGAAGCAACAAAGAUACCCCAAUUAAUGAAAUAUAAUUCUAAUAAUUUCCUAA